UAUUUAAAAAGGUCAUUUUAUAUCCGACUUUAUGAUGGCAGCGGCCGCAGCUUCUAGAUUCCGGUAAAAAAAAAAAAAAAGCUUUACGGUAGAUAGUGCUACAGUUCAAUGCAGUAUGAACAGCGUAGGCGAAGAAUGCACAGAUAUGAAGCGGGAAUAUGACCAGUGUUUUAAUCGCUGGUUCGCUGAGAAUUUCCUUAAAGGUAAAGGUGGCAGUGACCCGUGUACCGAACUAUUCCGGAACUACCGGCAAUGCGUACAGAAAGCGAUUAAAGAUAAGGACAUUCCGGUUGACGGCAUAGACUUCAUGGCUCCUAGCAAAGAGAAACCAGAACCGGACAGCUCCUCGUGACUAAGAGCGGGCCCGAAAACCAGAGGGCCCAGAGUUUUAAAUCAAGGAAAAUCUUUUUUUUUUUUAUAAUAAAAUGUGAAAAGCAUUAUUUUUACCGUUCACGGGAUUUGUUAGUACAUUAAACUAAGAUGAGCCAUUAUUUGACCCGUUUGCAAUGAAAUAGGAUUCGGGACAUUUUACGGUCGCAAUACAGAAAUACUAUAUUCUCGUUUAUAUGAAGUGGUUAUCGAGAAGUAAAGGAUAAGACAAUGAUUAAAAAUG